AUGCCACGUGCCACGCGUAGCGGAAACACUCCAAAGGAUAAGACGCCUGCCAGUAAAAAAUCCUCGCCAGGCACGGGAAAACCGCAAACUCGGAAGUCAACACGUUCUACGAAAGAGCCGUCCGCGUCGACACCCACCUCUCCCGAGGUGAAACCCACACGUUCCUUGCGAAAGCGCACAACGCCCCCUCAAGAAGAGACGUCUCUUGCACCCCCUGAAGCGAAAGAUGUCCCGAAGCGGCGGAGAGUUUGUGGAUCCUCGCCUUCCACGAAGAGCCAACCUACUAGUAGUACACAGACGCCCUCCCCAGCGAAAGUAGCUACAGUUCCUAGCCGAAAACGAAAGGGGGGAUCAAAAGAGUCAACAAGUGACACUUCCAAGACUCCUGCCUCCAAGCGGGCCAAAAUUACCCCUCCAGAAUCUGAACAGUCGGAGACAAAACAAAGCGGGGAGUCCAAAACCCCUUCAGAGCAGGAAAUCCCACCGGCGAGCGUCGUAGAAAGCCCCCCCUUGAAAGCGCCUUCACUGCGUCCUGAAUCGACGACUCAGAAACGCUCGUUGCCCUCCGCCGGUGUCAGCAGCAGCAGCAGCAGCGCUGCUGAGGAGGAGAAGGAACCCAUUCAUGAACCCACGAGGCGGAGUGCGAAGAGGAGUAGAGAGAUCCCUAGGAAAACUGUGCCGACUCCGGAGAAGGUGGAACACGAUCAUCAGCAGCAGCAACAGCAGGCGAAGAAAAAGAAGGAGGAGGAGGAGGGGGGAGAGGCCGAUGUUGAGCCAUUGCUAUCAGAGGAGAGUACGUCUCCGACUGAUUCGAGCCCGAGAUUUCUGGGCCCCGAGCUGAAGGAGCCAACGAAAACGGAGCUCGUAGCCAUUCAGCGGAGGCAGCUUUUACAACGAGUGGAUCACUACGACCUCUCGGAUAUCACCACCUUGUCAGCUUUGCUCUCUAAUUGGCCGGAAUCGGACUUGCGCGCAAUGCCGUCGACGAAUCCGCAGCUGCCCAUCCCUGCUUCGCAACGCAUCUGGAUUUCGGAGGACAGUUCGCGCUCGCGAAGCACCGUCAACGGCGACGGCGCCGAGGAGACGUCUGUGUUGCCGGCCAAACGAAUCGGCCAGAUUCCACACCCGCCAGCGUCUCCUCGAUCGGUCGGUGAGCACAAGGGGGUGACAGAGGCCGAUGAAGGACAACCACGGGAAUUGGACAGCUUCUGUGUGGCCUCGUUCACUCUGCCCACUGCGCAAUGUGAGUUGCGUCGUCAUCCAUCGCUCAUUCGCAUGUCGAUGAAUGGUAGAAUCUGUCGAGACUGCUGUUUUCAACUCCUCGACACGCCACGUGUUCGGAAAGACAAGCCAGCAGAGGAGCGCGCCAUGUCGGACGAAUGCGACCGCCUCAUUCGCGAGGUGACCGCCAUCAAUCCGGACGUGUUUUGCGUCAAGCAGGCCCGCGCGGACUACGCGUCGAGUCGCCUUCGACCCGACCUCCUCAGUCAAGGCUACCAAUGCUCUAGAUGCACUGAUGGCGACGGUGGUAGAAGCAGCAGCUCUGAUUCCUUCAAGUCUUUCAUCUUCUACAACCAAGAUGUCUUCACCGAGGUCUCCUUCCACCGUCUCCCUGUACAGUCAAUGGCGCGCAAGGUCCUUGAGAUCGAAAUGGAUCAUGGGAUCCCCGGCAUCCCCCCCCCACUUGAUCGGGUCCGUGUCUUCGGCCUCUUGACCGCCUCGUGGGCGAAAUUAUCGAUUUCAGGUCCUCACACCCAACCUUCAGCGUUGUCUUUGUCACUUUUACCCCUGUUGUCGCAGUUGGUGAGCCAGAGCGCCUACCCGCAGCCCUGGAGGGACUGCCUCAGUCAGUCCCUGUCGGCGUGUCCCGGUGACACCGCCGACCCUCCGGAACUCCUCGUCUCGGUUCUGCGUCACGCCGCCACGGGCUCCGUCUUGCUGAUGGGCUGCCUCACGGAUCGCGUCCACCUGAACAAUUUUCUCACCAGCACGCGUGCCCCGUCUCUCCCACUGUCGCCGAAGGUCCAGAGCAUCCCCUACGUCCUCGGUCCUGGCGGUAGUUCCACGGUGACGGUUUCAGUGGCGGGGUGUCGGUCCUCGGUCUGCGGCACGUCGUCGUCCUCUGGGUCCGAGUGGUGUCCGCCUUCCUUUGACUCGCGUCCGGACCUGGCGACGAUCAACGCGACUGGAACCCUCUGGGCACUCAUGGAGGUGUGGGAGAAGGUACAAGAAUCCGCAGUCUCGCAAAACGGUCCGCAGGCAGUCCCUGCCGAAAGACCGCUGUUGAACGGUUUCAGCGGGAACGAGCAUUCGCUACCCUCGACGACACCCUCACCGAUGCGGUGGGUGCUGUGUGCCAAUCUGGAGGCGUCGCCCACCUCCCCCGUGUACCAAAUCUUCCGCGACGGCUACCCCUCCGACGAGAGCAUAACCCGUCUGCGCGCAGUUCGCAAUGUCCACCUCAAAGACCACGACUUCCUGGACUCCUCCUCCUUAAUCGACCUUCUCUGGCAUGCCUUCCAGCACCCGUGUACAGACGUCCGCAGUUGCUACCAAUCCGUCAUGGUGAGUCUGUCUUGCACGCCCAAGUCGAGGCGUAACUUGUUCUGCAUCGGCAGUUCCUCACGUGCUUCUCUAAUCCAUCGCUUCCAGGGUAGUGAACCGCCGUUCAGUCGUUACGCACAGCACCAAUCACAGGACGCGGUGAGCAGCGGGCCACCGCAAUUGGUUCCGAGAAAAUGCAUCGACUACAUCUUCUGCUCGGGCUCGAGUCUCCACCCCAAGGAGGUGUUGGUGCCGCCCUGUCGGACGAUGAUUGUCGCGGCCUCGGCUGGCGCGUCUCACCACCACCGCCUCUCCGCAACACCAUUCCCUCUGGCUACCGAGACGGCCAUGUCGCUGGCUACCAAAAUCGAGCCCAACUGCGUACCCUCCCUAGCCCGCCCCCCCGGCCAUCUCGCCAUCGAUUGCUGGAUCCGUGGUCGCCUCGCUGCCCACCCCCUACCCAACCUCUGGACUCCGCAGUUGGCGGUACCCGUGCCACCACCACCACCACCGCAUCCAACAUCAUCAACUACACCAGCCCGAGAGCAAAGCCAUCAGGCGUGA